AUGGAGUACUUAUCCUCAACUCGUUUCUCGUCCGUCUCUCCUCGUCCGUCUCUCCUCUUCUACCAACAACAGCAGCAGCAGCAAAAUAGCAGCAGCAGUAGCAACAACAACAACAAUAGAUCCGCAGCCAACUCGACCGAGUGCCUCUCCGCGUCCCAGGUCGCCGCCUUCCAGAAGAUCUACGACGGCCCGCGCAACUCCACGGGGCACAGCCUCUACCCGGGCUUCACGUUCGGCAGCGAGAACGAGCUCAUCCAGCAGACGUCCGGCUCCCUGUUCAACUCCUUCACCGCGUUGAUUCUGCAGAACGUGGUCUUUAACGACCUUUCCUACGACGUGAACUCGGACCCCGCCCCCUCUGCCUGCUCUCCCCUCGCCCGCGCCCUCGCCCGUGCCCGCGCCGCCCGCGUCGCCCGCCGCGCCGCCAUCAUCGUCGCCGUCGCCCGCGCCCGCGCCCGUGCCCGCGCCCGCGCCCACGCCCUCGCCCUCGCCGAGGGCUACCACCUCGCCCGCCUCCGCCGCGCCACCGCCCGCGCCGCCCGCGCCCUCGCCGACGCCAACGCCGACGCCGACGCCGCCUAG